UUUUUUAAACAGUCUUAUGGCAUCGGCAUUCCGUGGGCUAAUGUUGGAGUGCUCGGUCCGAUCAUCGGUGAUGCGCUGGUCGGAGACGGUGGCCUCGUACAUAACGCCGAGGUGGUCGCCGCGCAGGUUGAUAAGGUGGUCGGGACUCAUGAGCAUGUCCAUUGUCGAUGAGUUGGUGUGGGGGGUGGUGACGGCAUUCGAAUCUGUGGCGCUCGUUUCUAUGCUGUGCUUCUUUUUCUUGUUCUGUGGCUGUACCAUCUGAUUUCUACGAGGGACGAUCCAUCGACUCAAUUCAAAUUCCAACUGUGUAAGGCACGUUGAUUCGCGUGAAUCUUGCUGCCAAAUCUUUGUUUUUUUUUUUAUUAUUAUUAUUUUAUUUUAACUUCGCCCUUGGGGGAUUUUGUUUCUUAAAUUUUUGUGCUUUUUGGUAAUGGAAAUUUUGCUUAAUGCUAUUGGAA